UUCCUCGCGGGAGGCAGCCGCGCCGCUCCUCUCCCAGAGCCGGCCGCCCUCCGCCUCCGCCGGCACGGAUGGGCAAAGCGGAGCGCGCGGAGCGGAGCAUGGGCACCCGGGAUCCCGCAGACCUGUGGGGCACGCCCGCCGGGGACGCCGAGCUGCUCCGGGACUUGGGGUGGUACCAUGGCAACCUGACGCGCCACGCGGCCGAGGCCCUGCUCCUGUCCAAUGGGUGUGACGGCAGCUACCUUCUGAGGGACAGCAACGACACCACCGGGCUGUACUCGCUCUCCGUGAGAGCCAAAGACUCUGUGAAACACUUUCACGUCGAAUACACUGGAUAUUCAUUUAAAUUCGGCUUCAAUGAAUUUGCAUCUUUGAAGGAUUUUGUAAAGCAUUUUGCAAAUCAGCCUUUGAUUGGAAGUGAGACAGGCACUCUGAUUGUUCUGAAACAUCCCUACCCAAGAGAAGUGGAAGAACCUUCCAUUUACGAGUCGGUCCGGGUGCACACGGCGAUGCAGACGGGACGAACGGAAAGCGACCUCGUGCCCACCGCGCCUUCCCUGGGCACCAAGGAAGGCUACCUCACCAAGCAGGGGGGCCUGGUCAAGACCUGGAAAACAAGAUGGUUCACUUUGCAUAGAAAUGAACUGAAAUACUUCAAAGACCAGAUGUCUCCAGAACCAAUUCGGAUCCUAGACCUAACAGAAUGUUCAGCUGUACAGUUUGAUUAUUCACAGGAAAGGGUAAACUGUUUUUGCUUAGUAUUUCCAUUCAGGACAUUUUAUCUCUGUGCAAAGACAGGAGUAGAAGCUGAUGAAUGGAUCAAGAUAUUACGCUGGAAAUUGUCACAAAUAAGAAAGCAGCUCAACCAAAGGGAAGGCACCAUCCGAUCUCACUCCUUCAUCUUUAAGUAGAACUUUCUCGGCGAGCUCCACCUGGCCCAGGAGCAAGGUGGAACGCCCCACGCUGCGAUCCGCUGAAGAUUUUGCCCUAAAAACAAAUCAAAAGCAGAGGCUGUUUGGGAUCCGCACGUGACUUUUGCUAGCUCACGGCACACUCUGCCCUUCCAAGAAGUUGUCCCCACCGAGAGACUGAAGCCCUCGUCCUUGUGAUGUGACUGAUCACACCCACUCUCGGAGCGCACGGCGUGAGAUGGAGGGAUUUCGCUUUCACUCAGUGUGGUCCCCAAGCCUGUUGACAUCAGGGGACCCACAGUUGACAGGAGUCUCGCCCCGAGUCAUGCCAGCCCGUGCGACACCCAGGCUGUGCUAUUAGCCAGGAGGGAAACGGUCGGAUACUUAGAGGCUUGGAGUCCUUCCUCAGAAAUUAUAUUGAGAUAGCAAACAUCAAAGAUUUCCCCCUUGAUACAAAAAGCAGAAACAGUUUCCAAAACUAAAAUGGAAAAUGUUUGUGGUAUUUAUUUUCUCUUUCUAAAAGGCUCAGAAAGGUAGCGGGCCCUUCACUUCUAAUGACACAACCGUGAGAACUCAAUGGGCAAUUAGGUAGUGCGAUAGAGAUAAAUGAACAUGUAAUUUUAAAAACAUCUCUUUUGACCAUUUGGGGGAAAUGUUUUAAAGAGUGAGAAGACAUACAUUGAAGGGUGAUAAAGUAGUAGAUAACUUGCAGUUUAAUGAUAAUUAUUGUUAUUGUAGUAAUCAUAAUGGAGCACUUGUAAGCACUGAGUCAUCUCCAUUCACCGUUUCUCCAAAAGGACCGAGAGGCUUCUAAAGGAGAGUGUGUUUUAACAGUCCCUUCGUCAGAAUCAGCUGUUUCGGGCUGGCCCAGGAGACGUAAGAAUCACCCAAGCACCCUGCACCUUAUUAAACAGCAAUUUCUGUUGCCAGUUGAGGGAAUUACACUAAAUCUACACGAAAUACCUACUAAUGUGUUACACAGCUUUUUCAAACUAGAAUAAGGGGAAUGAGAGCUGAAACAGGGGAAUGAGACGCAGAUGCCCGGAGCUCACAAACAGAUUCUAACCCUUUCUAUUAUCCUUAUCAACACUGCUUUUUUAGAUAGAAGUUUGGAGGGAGACAAAAAUGAAUGAAGAGCCCGAGAAUAGAAAGGUUAUGGUACAAUGCUAUGCUAUCAACCGCUCUUGCAAUCCAAAGGGAUACCUUGUUCAGUAAGUUUCUUCUGGUAAACAUCCAAGACUCAGACAUUUCAUAAACUUUUUGCAUAUUUCAACAAGGUUUUUAAUGUAUUUUGUUAUGUUUGUAUUCUAUGGGGUAAAGCAGAUGUCAGGUUAGCUGUAUUGUGUCGAGUUUGCAAAGCAAGGAGUCACAAAUCCUCACUGAGAUGUAUGGUUUUAUGUUUUGUUUUCUUAGAAACAGCGGUGUUUUUUUGUGUAGGUACUAUUGUUUUUACUUUUUGUAAAACAUGUUUAUUUAUAUUCUUUGGUUUUGUUUAUUAAAAGGCAUAUGAUUUUGCUGUGU